GAUAGCCACCCUGUGUGUCAAACGUGGCGACCGGUUUGUUGGUUAUCUAACGUGUACUACGGUCCGCAUCACUUCAUAGGGCCGUUGUAUCGUCUGCACGAUGUUUUCCAUCAAGUGUUACGCCGUCUUGUGUUUAAUUUUGUCGUUAAUCCAUUAUUCAGUAGGCCUUUACUUUCAUAUAUCUGAAACGGAACGAAAAUGCUUCAUUGAAGAAGUGCCGGAGGAAACACUUGUCGUUGGAAACUACAAGUGUCAACUGCACGAUCCGAAGACCGGCGGUUUCAUGCAAUCCAGUCCCGGUAUUGGUAUGCAUGUGGAGAUUCGCGAUCCUGAUGACAAGACCAUUUUGUCGAAGGUGUACAGCUCUGAAGGCCGCUUUAGUUUCACUUCGCAUUCACCCGGUGAACACGUCAUUUGCCUCUACUCCAAUUCUUCCAGCUGGUUCAGCGGGAGCCAACUGAGGGUCCACCUUGAUAUUCAAGUUGGUGAGCAUGCUGUCGACUAUGGCAGUGUGGCACGGAAGGAGAAGCUUACAGAGCUACAACUGCGUGUACGGCAGCUGUUGGACCAGGUUGACCAGAUCACCAAAGAACAGAAUUACCAAAGGUUCCGUGAAGAACGCUUCCGACAGACAAGCGAGAGCACUAACUCCAGGGUUCUGUGGUGGUCGGCUGGACAGACGGUCAUCCUGCUGCUCAUGGGAUUCUGGCAGAUGAGACACCUGAAGAGCUUUUUCGAAGCCAAGAAGCUUGUGUAAAACUGGAUGCUAUGUGCACCCCGGAGUGACAUCCCUCCAUGCAUGGAAUGCUUUCCGUUAAUUUGGUGUCUCAUGGACUUUUAGCUCUACAUUGGAUGGUAUUUUAGCAUUGGCAGCCCCUUCUGUUCCUUCAAAAAAAACUGUUAAGGUCUGGAAAGCAUUUUAACAUUUUGAUGACACCAUUUGCAAUAAAUUUUCUUCUAAGGCAGGGAAAAAAACUUCUUUGCUAAAGACUUGCAUAUUUGCAGUUGCCACAGUUGCCUUUUGCUAUCCGGCUUAGGCAAAUGAAGGUGUUUCACGGAUGUCAGACCGGAAACUCGGCAGUGUUUUUUGUUUUGCUAUUUAAGAUCUUUGAUGUCCUAAAACAAGUCUUUCAUGUUGAUGAAAAAGUGGGCAAAAAUGAAACCACUACUAUAUUGUAUCGACCCAAGUUGCUUGUAUGGUUUUGCUGCACAUCAUGCAUUUUCUGUUUUGUCAAAGGCACCUCUUUGUGUGUGCAGCGAAAUUUGCAUGAUGCCACGACUGUCACUGUUUUGCUUGCAUCAAACACUAGAGUAUCAUUUUUGAGUUUCCAAUGCAAAACUGGAGCAGCUCAGCUGUACUUGAUACCUCUAGUAGGCUUCUAUGGUGUGCAGAAAUAAAGAGCGUGAGAAUAUUCUUUUCAUCCUGUUAAGUUUCAUGCCUUCAGUUUCAUGCAAUCCCUGGCUGGAUCUGUGUGCCUUUGUUACAAAAGGAAUUAAAUGUCAUUUGACUGGCGCUGGUUAGAUAAAUCGAAAUACAGCUCAUGCCCGUUACAAUAGAUCUGCAUAUCAGGCUGACUUCCUAAGUUUGGUCUGCCUGUAUUACUAAUGCAACAAAAUUUGUUCUUGACGGACAAAAUUUUGGGCAAAUAUCUAGAUAAGGCAUAUACAAUAUACUUUGCUGUGGCGGUGCAUGUGUGUGGCAGUGCACUGCACAUGACUUUUUCGGCCACUUGCAAAAAGUGCAAACAUAUGCUUUUUCUUAAGGGACGGACACACUAGCAGCAACCCUCUCAUAAUGGCAAUGCUGUGCAACACUCCACCGGCUCAGAGUUUUCAGGCGACCACACAUACGGCUCACUGCUACCCACCGCUAUUGGCGCUGUGCCAAGCAGGGUCCUAGGGUGCUGCUAGGCCUAACUCACUUCGCUUUAAAACAGAGUUGCACGUUAAUCACGUAGGCCUUUUUUUUUUUUUUCCACAAUUGUACAGACACUCUAGGUGCGUUACUGCCAUCGCUAUCAUCCUGUCUUGUUAUCGAUGGCGCAUGCAGGGCCCACGCGGUGAAGGUUAGAGGGCCUCUAGAAACGUGUAGUUUGUUUGGCUGCAAAAACGAUAAAGCCAGCUGGAUGCACAGUAACGCUCCGCUCACUUGACUCUGCCAAAGCUGGGGAAGCAUUCUGCCUUUCACUACUGGAAUGAGCAUUGUACGCACAACCACUAGUGUUUCUACUGAGCAGCACUCCAAUGUGUAUACAGUGGUCUGAGUGGAAUGGACAGUAAAUUUCAAAUUGCAAAUGUUAAUGGCUUUCUUUCAGUCUCGUCUUUUGCACCAUCGAGCUGCGACACCUGCAACAUCUCUGGCGGCAUGCCUUGUCUAAAGCCCCUCCAUAAUGCCCUCGUCCGCUGCCAAGGCUAAGAGCACCAACCUGCUCUCCUCCUCUCCUUUUCGGCCUCUUCUCUGACCUGCGAAAGCGAAAGUGCUGCGAAAUAUAUUUCUGGUGACCUUUCCACGGUUCUCAUGGCCGUGCUGCUUUCUCCACGACCGUGCCGCCGGUAGCAUGCCCAUAAUCUAAAGAAUGGUUGUGAAUUUGCUUCCUUGAAGCUUUGUUGUGCCCUGAUGUCACUCGAGAAACACGGAUGAGUAAGGAUAUUGCUUGUUUGUGUGUUCUCAGUGAGUACAGAAACAUGGAAGGCCACCUCAGUGGCUCCUCAAAGGGUAGCGCUACUUAAAAAAGUGGCAGUAAACGUGAUGAAGGGGCUUUAGCCUCAUCAUGUGAGCAUUGCGAGAUGCCUGCCCUGCCAGGGCGCUGUUUCAGAACACUGUACGAGGAGCUUCAGUGCAAUGCUAAGCUUUGGUAUCGCUUCAACAUCACCAUUUGGGUGAAACAGGCCCAUUUUUAAAUUCAUUUUGCAUCAGACUUAUUUUAUUGUUUGCGGUGGCCUCCAGGCUCCAAUAAGCUAACACUAAAUGGUGGUAUAUGUGAAGUGCUGCGAUUACACGAUGUUGUGGAAUUAGUUUUGUAUCUGUUGUAACGGGCGUAGGCUGUAUUAGUUAUUCUGGUUUGCUGCACUGGGGAUCUGUUUUUACAUUUUUUCCGUGUUGUCACUAGCUUGGGAAAAUCACUGUGAUGUACAGCCAAGAACAUGUGUGAAAGUUUAAAUGUUGCUGUCCGGUGCUGCUUUUUACAGUGCGAUGAAAAAUGUGAUGGCGAGAAAGAAAGUCCUGGAAAUUUGUUGCUUUUGUUGAGCUUUGUGGCUAGGCAAAUACUUGUUCAAUUUGCUCUUGCUAAUUGUGUACACAUAAAUGCUGUUUACCAGGGCAUGCCAGAUGUUGCUUCGAGUCGCAGAACUCGUAAAAGGAGCUGCAUCAAUAGACAACUUGAGUUAAGCUUUGACAUAGUCAUCAACUCUGUAUGCUGUUAACUCACCUGGUAUUCUCAUUAUAUAGCUGUAAACUGCUUUAUACCAUUGCUCUUCAAUGUGCGACAGUUGGGUGAGGAGUUUAUUGUGCAGUACACAUGUCAGAGCUCUGCAAUGUUUUUCACAAAUCUUGACAAAGGCAGAAAAUAUGACUGCUCCCCUGUUCUGGUUUAUUUCCGUGUACACUGCAGUCACUUGAUUGAGUUUGUAAUAAAAUGGUCUCUAUAAAUGUGC